AUGUUGAUGGGCCACUCCCAAAAAACGCAGUUGCUUCACUACGUGGACGAUUUCGUAGAGCCUGCUGUGAGAGCAUACCGAUGUUUACAGGCGAUGGCCAGGCGGCAGCAAAAGUUGGACGAGAAGGAAGUGAUGGCGGUCAAACGACGAGUGAAAUUCAGAGGAUUUCAUGUGGUGACAAACGAUUUGACAGAGGAGGAGGCUGAGCAGGACUGUGGACCUCGGGAACCGAUUUCCAGAGAAGAGAGUGAGGAUUCAGAAGAAUCUGAUAUUGAUGACGCCGACUACGUUCCCUCAAAGCCAAUAGGUAAAGUAGGCGACACAACCUUAGUGGAAUCAAGGAAAUCUCCAAGGAAACAGGCAAAACCCUCAUCAUUAGUUGAAGCACUAAGUUCGGGUGAAAGCGAUGAAGGACCAAGGAUGAAGCGAUGGAAACCUGUGAAAUUAGAGAAAAGCAGUAAAUGGAACAUCUUAAAUUUUGUUCUGCGAAAAAACCAACAGACACGGGCGCAACUUGUUUGA